UCUGGUUUUGGCGAGGGAAGAAGAUGGCUGUGUCGUUCAAUGCGGCGCACUUGCUUCUUGUUUUAACGUGUCUCUAUGGUCAACUGCUGAACGACGCUCGUGCCGCCCCAGCGGUCAAAGUCGAAAAUGGUGAAAAUCAAGUAAAUGCUGAGGAGAAUGUUGAGGAUAUAGAUGAUGACGCUGUCGAUCCAGCAGCGGUGCGUUCCAAGCGGCAAAUAAACAAUUACAGCGACUACUAUUACUACCCAAACGGCAUCGGCAACACUAACACCAAUACCAACACCCUCGGCGGCAGCAUUUGUCCGUUCCGCAACUACUUCAGCAGUCUUGGUUUAGGCCUAAACAGCUUCUACAAUCCGGGAAAUCAGUUCGGCUACAUCAGUAGUAGUACUAGCAGCGGCAGCAGGAACAACAGGCGGCUGCUGAGGAAUAGACAACCCUUCUUGUAUAACGGGCGCAGGGGGCUGUACGCGCCGAACCGCUACUACUCCAGCAAUAGACUCGUUUAACCAACCUCGCGGCAAAUAUAUAUGAUUUAAUAUGAGUGUGUUUAAUUUGUUUGAAUAUUAAAAUGCAAUUUUGGGGCACAGCA